AUGUGCUCAAACAUUUGCCUCGACAAAGAGAAAUUCAUGAAGAAAAUUCACUUUAAAAUGCAAAAUGCCUGGAUGAAGCAAUACCUCGAGACUCCAAAACAAGACGGUCAUGAACUAUUCUACCAACAGAAUCAAUUCAACAAUGUCACAGUUUUGCAAAACUUCCAAUCCAACAAAAAAUUCAAAAAGUGCAGCAAAUUCUAUCCAUGUCGAGGUGGCAAAUGCUUUCCUCGUGCAGCACCAAUUUGUCAUCAUCCAAUGCGUUAUCGACCAGCUGUUGUAGGUCGUGCAAGAUUGGGUAAAGAUGUUGAGAUUCCAGUGAGAAAAGUUGUAUUCAAGACUUAUACGAGAAAGCUGAAGAUGCGACCUAAAGAAGAGGAUUAA